AUGUCGGUUACAUCCUCUAACUCCGGACUUCAAGAACUAUACAAGAAAAAAGAAACGAUAGAAUUAAAUAACUCAACGCACCCAAAGAAGAUUAAUGAAACUGACCUAGUAAUGUCUGUAAAGAAUAAUCGAGCAAAAUCUUUUGGAUACCAAGAUAGAAAACUUGCCGCCAGAAUCGAUAAAGAAACUUUGGAUUUGUUGA